AUGGGACAGGAAAGCUCUUCAGAGUCAGAUUCAGAGUCAGCUCCUAAGCUCCUUUCUUGGCCAUGGAGGACUCUGCCAGACAACCAGGAGAAUCUCACUUUUGUGAAAAACUACGAACGUCGAAAGAGAGAAGUCAAACAUCUCAGGAUUCUGCUUCAUGGACCAAUCGGUGCCGGCAAGUCCAGUUUCAUCAACUCCGUGGACACUGUCUUACAAGGCAGAGUUACUGGUCGAGCUCCGACAGAUGCAAUCUCUGGGAGAAGCUUCACCACAAAGUACAAGACGUACAAGUUCAAGAAAGCUUCGGGUGGCUUUUAUUCUGUCGUUUUCAAUGACAUCAUGGGAUUAGAGAAAGCCACCAACACUGGAGUUGAUGUGGAAGAGGUCAAACUGGCCCUGGAAGGACAUGUUGCAGAAAAUUACGAGUUUAAUCCCAAACGGCGGUUGAAGGUGGGUGAUAGCGGUUACAGGUCAUCUCCCACUCUGGCUGACAAAGUUCAAGUCCUGGUUUGUGUCUUUCCUGCCGACCAAAUAGAUUUCGUACCUAAAGAAGUUGUGGAUAAGCUAAGAGACAUCAGACUCGCAGCCAGUGACAUGGGAAUUCCCGAAAUGGUUAUUAUCACCAAAGUGGAUCAAGCCUGUCCUGAGGCGAAAAGAGAUCUGAACAAUGUCUACAAGAGCAUUUACCUGAAGGAACUGGUCGACAAAUGCCACCGUUUCUUGGAAAUUCCAGUGAACUGCAUCUAUCUUGUGAAGAACUACGAUUCAGAAAUCAGCCCCAACGAUGAGACUGAUGCUCUGAUACUGAGCGCACUGAAGCAGAUGGUUACCUUUGGUGACGGCUACCUCUGCUACCUCGCACUAACAAACCACAAAAACUCAUGCGUCCAUUUUUAAAUAUUGAACGAUAAGUCGAUAUAUUGACUAGCGUGGCAGGCCUAGCUGCUGGUGUUUGUGAGAUCCAUCACAGCUUCCAACCACCCUACAGUAUGUAUUUAUUUAUUUACUAAUACUCUGUUGCAGUUAUAUUGUUUGAUUCCACAUUUGUGUGCAACUGCUGGAGUUCUUUAUUGUUGUCAUAAUGUAUCUUUACU